UUUUCUUUCUAUACCCAAAACCUAAAAAAAUUAUAUUUUUUGUUUCAAUACUUUCCCAGCCACUGUAAUCCUGUUAGUCCGGCCAUAGUUCCGGUCACCGUGAAGGUCGUCGUUUCUCCUUCCAGCGUAAGUUUUACUCCUUCAUCGUUUUUCCCUUCCAGUGCGGAAAGAUCGAUUGUUUGUAUUGUCUCUGUUCUAAUUGUUGUUAAACUUUUCAAAUACUUUCACUUCGUAACCAACCCUAGUACAUUGCUUUAUCAAACCAAAAUUUCCAUGGAACUUCAACAUAUUGUUUAUGGGGUUUCUCCAAAACUAUCACCCGCACCGUCCAUUCCAAUUGGAAAACAGCUUUUCUCUUUGAAACCCCAUUCUUUACUUUCUUCUUCACACCCUUCUAUUCAGUCCCAGAAUUUUGAGGUUUUGAGUGGAGCUUAUUACCCUAUCAACAUUGCAAAAAGAGGUGGAUGUUAUAGCUCUAGGAGGAGAGUAUGGUGUAGCAGUAGCAGGGAUAUUGCAGAUCCAAACGAGGGGCACGAGGUGAGAACUCAGGUCACUGGGAGAAGGAAAAAGUUGGCUGUGUUUGUGUCUGGCGGAGGAUCAAACUUCAAAUCAAUUCAUGAGGCAUCCAAAAGGGGUUCACUUCAUGGAGAUGUCAUUGUAUUGGUUACGAAUAAAAGCGAGUGUGGAGGUGCUGAGUAUGCAAGAAAUAAUGGUAUACCUGUUAUAUUGUUCCCUAAAGCAAAGGAUGAAUCCGAUGGAUUGUGUCCUAAUGAGCUUGUUGAUACACUAAGGAGAUUGGAGGUUGAUUUUAUUCUUUUAGCUGGAUACCUCAAACUUAUACCAGUGGAGUUGAUUCGAGCUUAUGAAAGAUCAAUAUUUAACAUUCAUCCAUCACUUCUUCCAGCUUUUGGGGGCAAGGGCCACUAUGGUAUGAAAGUACAUAAAGCAGUAAUUGCUUCUGGUGCAAGAUUUUCAGGUCCUACAAUUCAUUAUGUGGAUGAACACUACGACACAGGGCGUAUCCUUGCCCAGCGUGUUGUCCCUGUGCUUGCUAAUGAUACUGCAGAAGAGUUGGCUGCUAGGGUUCUAAGAGAGGAACACCAAUUAUAUGUUGAGGUGGUAGAGGCUUUAUGCGAAGACCGGAUAGUUUGGAGGAAAGACGGUGUUCCUCUCAUCCGAAGCAAAGAAAAUCCUAACGAAACUUAUUGAUUUAUCACUUAUAUGGGGAUUUUAACAAACCUUUAUAUUUCCACCAAAUCAGUAGCUAAGAAAUAGUAGGCGAGCUCGUGUAUUCAGGCGGCACACUCUCUCGGAAUAUAAUAAGUAGGAAACCACAAUUUUUUCUCCUAACCUGUUUGUUAUAGACUUAUUAUGUUAAUUUGCUCAAAGGACCUCAAGACUUAUCUACCAUGUGGUACUCCACAAGUGGCAAAUUUUGAAUUUGCAUUCUCAUAUAAAGUAAAGUCUUUCUAUAAAAUAGCAAUCUUGGUCCCUCUUCAUAUGUAGAUUCCCAUUUUGAAUAAGCAUUGUGGAGUGUUCAUAAAAGCAUUGGUCCUCCUUGGAGAAAGGGAAUAAAACAUUUUCCAUUGAGUAGGUAGCAGUCUCGAUCGCCGCCCUCCACCCUCCACUUGCGCAUUCUCAUAUUGCACAAGUAUUGUGGAACGUUUGUGUGUGAGGUGACUUUUAUAUAUGGAACUUGUGUGAUGGAAAAUGGAUUCUCUGAUGCAACUCUGCGGCUUAAUUGCGACUUUUUGCCGUUCGAUUUAAACUAAUGGUGGAAAUUGUUUAAAUUUAAUUUACUAGUUGUGUGAUUUGAGUUGUCUGAUAUGAAAUAAAUGACUGAUAUUAUAUUGUA